CUUAAACCCUUAAACCCCCCAAUGCCUCCAGAAAUACCGCAUUUAUCGUUAGGUUCGAUUUCAUCUCUUACUCUCAACCUAAUGCAUGAAGCUGUUUCGCUCAAAUCCAUGGCGCGGGUAUGCCAUUUCGAGGGUUUUCGGUGCUUUCUUCUAUCAUACCGAAACCAUACCCAGGUCUGCGCCCCAAAUCGACUCUCUCUACCUUCGCAUUUCGCGGGCCGGUGAUCCUAGGGUUCCGAUCGUCCGAGUGAUCGACCAGUGGCUUGAAGAAGGACGAGACGUUCAGAAUUCCGAGCUUCAUAAAUUUAUCAAGCAACUUCGCAAAUAUCGUCGCUUCAAACACGCUUUACAGAUAUCUGAAUGGUUGAGUGAGCAAAGGAACCACAACCUAUCCUCUGGAGACAUUGCGAUUCGGCUAGAUUUGAUCUCAAAAGUUCAUGGCCUAGAAGAAGCAGAGAAGUAUUUUGAUGGCAUCCCUGACACUUCAAGAAUCACCAGCCACGUAUAUGGUGCUCUGUUAAACUGCUAUGCAGAACAUAAAUCUUUAGAUAAAGCAGAGGCCACCAUGCAGAAGAUGAGGGAGCUAGGUUUUCUGAAAACAUCUCUGUCUUAUAACGUUAUGUUAAAACUCUAUUCUCGGUUGGGUAAAACUGAGAAACUAGACAGUGUAAUGCAAGAGAUGGAAAAGAAAGGCAUUGAUUGGAACAUGUUCACAUUUAACAUUAGGUUGAAUGCUUAUGCAGCCACCUCUGACAUUGAGGGAAUAGAGAAGCUUUUAAUGAAGAUGGAAGCUGAUCCUGAAAUCACCAUUGACUGGAAUGCUUAUGCUGUUGCGGCAAAUGGAUACUCAAAAGCUGGGUUACAUGAAAAGACGAUAGAAAUGCUGAAGAAAGCAGAGCAACUCGUUAGUGGUAAAACAAGGAAGUUUGCUUAUGAAACACUCCUCACUUUAUACACGGCUAUUCAGAAUAAAGCGGAGGUGUAUCGUAUUUGGACUUUGUAUGGAGCAAUGGGGAAAGUCUGGAACUCGGGCUAUCUGUGUAUGAUAAGCUCGUUAGUAAAGCUGGAUGACUUGGAUGCUGCUGAAAAGAUCCUGGAGGAGUGGGAAUCUGUAACUGCAUUUGUUGACUUUCGGAUUCCACGUGUACUGAUCACUGCUUAUUGCAAGAAGGGUCUUUUGGAUAAGGCUGAAGCAUAUAUAGACAGGCUUAAAGAGAGUGGGACGGAGGUAGACUCGAUCACAUGGGAUCGCAUGGCAAGUGGAUAUCAUGCACAUGGUCAGGUGGAUAAGGCAGUGGAGACAAUGAAGCAAGCACUGUUGGAAAAUCUACCAGGAUACAUGCCCAACCGUUUUAUAUUGGCUGAAUGUCUCGAGUACUUGAAAGAGAAGGGAGAUGUAGAAGCGGCAGAGGAGAUUUUGAGGUUACUUAGAGAAAAUUGUCAUUUUUCAACUGGUAUUUGUGAAAAAUUACGAAGUUAUAUUCAUGUUGAAAGUCCAUCUUGUAAAAAGGCAUUUGAUCAUUUGAAAGAAGAUGGUCAGAUGGAAGGGGAUGAUCAGGUUCUGGAAGGUGAGACUCCCGGAGUAAUGGACCUCAAAUCUGACUGUGGCAGCUGAGUUAUAUGUAAAGCUUCAAGAAGUAUUGAAUUGUAUUUCCAAAAAAUGGUGCAUUAUCUUAUCUAAAAACCCAUAGAGGCGCCAAUCUUCUGCAUUUCACAUGUUUUUUUUUUUUUUUGGCCUUUUGCCUUCCUCUUAGCGGCUGGAUGUAGUUUCACUGCUCAAAUAUUGUUGAAUUAGCAGACCCUCCGCCCAUCUUGCAAGUA